AUGGAGUCUUUAGAAAACCAGCACACGGAAAUUUACCGGAAACUGGUUGCCGCAGUGGACGAACUGCUUGUGGUAACCAAGAAAGCCAAAUUGACUCAGGUGCCGGAAAUAGUGGAUCGGGAGUACGAUGAGGCCUUGAAUACCAUGCCAGAUUUACAUCUCGCGCUUUUACAGGCAGAUAUCUUAAACAAAGACACAGACGAAACAGUGAACGCGUUUCUGAACCAGCUCUUGAAUAUCAGACGUCGAAUCAUUGAACAGCAUAUGAUAACAUACCCAAUACUGCGCGCAAUCCAUACUGAAGACGAAACUCAGGUGACAGAGCUGAUUCGAGAACGCGACUCCACAAUCAAAGAGUACAUCGAGCAAUCAAAAUUGAAGAACGAGACUCAGGAGUCACUUAACAAGUCAUCACAGAGCACUGUAAAGGAUUUAGAAGAGCUGCGGGGACUGGUUCAGAUGUAUCUCGAAUUGGUUGAAGAAAAUAAGGAUCUAGCUUUCCAAAACAAAAUACGAGAAGAAGAGCAGAUCGACGGGUUAGAACAACUCAAAGCCAGACACAUAACUUUGAUAAAAAGAAACCUUGCCUUGAGCAGCUUCAACAUCAGUCUUAUAUCGUCUCUAUCGAAGUCAGACGUCUACAGCGACGAAUAUCUCCGAGAUACACUAUUAUUUUGCGGAGACUACGAUGAUUACGAACUCGAAGAAAACAUAUAG